AUGGCCGGGAAGAAGCGCAAGGCGGAGGCGGCGCGCCUGGAGGAGACGGACCGGGCGCUCUACGGGGCCUUCCGGGGCGCCGCCAACUCGCUCUCGCAGCUCUACACGCUCGCCAUGGGCGCGCAGAAGGCCUCCUUCCACGCCGGCGAACGCCACGCCAUGGAAAAACUUUAUGAAUGGAUCCUGAGGCAGCACGAAAAUGGCUUGAGGCUAACAGUUGCUGAUGUAGCUUCCCAUAUCCAGCAUGAGAUUCAGUAUGGAGGUGACAAUGCAUCAGCCUCUCCAAGGUCACAAUACCCUAUCCAAAGCACUGCACCUACAGUGCACAUCCCCAACACAAGCAGCCAGCAACCAUCGCCAAGCUUAUUUGCUCCAGGAAACACUGGGUUGACACAGUCCAAGAAUUCUAUGGUCUUUUCGAACGCAUUAUCCAGCCCCAUCCGGCGGAGCCUGCAACCUUACCACCUAGAGCAGGGCGGGGACGCAGGGUACUUCGCGAAUGGCGCAAGCCGUGACGUGAAUCCCACGGCUUCAAAUGAUUCGUCCAUGGACAUGCACUCAGACAGCCCAGCUCAUGACUCCUACUGA